CGCUUGGUUUGUAGGAUAAAUUAUCCAGGACGCCGGAGCCAUGGCUGUUGUCCUGGACGCUUUGGUGCCGUAUGUGAAGAAGAUGAUUACCAGCAUGGCGGAAGAGGAGGUGCGCAUGCUGCUGGGCGUCUCUGGCGAGAUCAAGAGGCUGGAGGCCAACCUGGUGUACCUGCAGGGCUACCUGGCCGACGCAGAGAGGAGGCACAUCACCGACAAAAGCGUGAAGGAGUGGGUGGGGAGGCUCAAGGACGCCAUGUACGAGGCUACCGACAUCCUCGAGCUCUGUCAACUGGAGGCCAUGGAGCGACCGAAGGAGAGUGGGCGUAAUGCCUCCAGCUCCACCCGCUUCCGUUCUCUCGUAGGGCAGCUGAAGAAGAAGCUGCAGGGCUUCCUCGAGCCGCUUCUGUUCUGCCUGCAGAACCCGGCCUUCACCCAUGAGAUCGGCGGCCGGAUCAAGAGGCUGAACGGGGAGCUGGACGGCGUCCGCAAGGACGCCGCGGUGUUCAACUUCCAUGCCAACUUCGGUUCAUACGAGGAACGGAGGCAGCCGUCGGAUCCGGCGAGCCACAGCAGGAUCAGCAGGACAACGCCGGGGUUCGACGAGUCAUCCAUCGUGGGGGACAAGUUCGAGAUGGACACAAUGGAGUUGGUGCACAAGCUCACCAGCCACGGCCACGACAUGGCAUCCGCCAGGGUGAAGGUGGUGUCCAUCGUCGGCCCGGGCGGCAUGGGCAAGAGCACCCUCGCCAGGAAGGUCUUCGCGCAGGAGGCCAUCAAGGUGGAGUUCAAGACCAGGAUAUGGCUGGGCAUCACCCGGCGCUUCGACAAGGCGGAGCUGCUGAGAGCCGCCAUCACGCACGCCGGCGGCAAGCAUGGCGGCGAGAGGGACGAGUCCAUGCUCGAGACAGCCCUCACCGAUGCCCUGUUGGCCAACAGAUUCCUGCUGGUCUUGGAUGACGUGUGGAGCGACCGAGCAUGGAAGGAGGUGCUCCAGGUUCCUGUCGUCAACGCCGGUCGGAGGCACCCGGGGAGCCGCGUCCUUGUCACCACGAGGAACGAAGACGUCGCUCUCAGGAUGGGAGCCUCCGGCAGCGAUCAAAUCCAUGUCAGCAAACUGGACGACGAUGAUGCCUGGUCCUUGCUCAAAAAACAGCUGCCGCAAUUGCAGGAUGCCGAGAGUCACUUUGAUCAGCUAAAAGAUGUUGGGAUGAAGAUCAUUGAAAAAUGUGACGGUUUACCACUUGCCAUUAAAGUGAUGGGAGGACUCUUAAGCACAAGACACCCAAGCGAACGUGAAUGGGAGAUUGUUCUGAACAAGAAUCUCGAAUGGGAAGAGCAUGGGUCACAGGAGGAACUGAACUACUCGGUACAUCUGAGCUACGACGAUCUAUCUCCAGAGCUGAAGCAGUGCUUUCUAUAUUACUCACUCUUCCCCAAGGGUUCAGAAUUCCUAGAGGAUAUAGCCAUUAGCAUGUGGAUUAGUGAAGGGUUCGUUCAGGCCGACGAGAGGUCAGAGUCAGACCAACUAGACCUAGAGGAGAUAGGAGCUGAGUACCACCGGGAGUUAGUCGCCAGGAACCUUCUAGAGACCAACGAGUCAGCCGAGAGCAGAUGGGCCUACAUCAUGCACGAUGUUGUCCGUUCCUUUGCUCGGUUUGUGGCUAGGGAAGAAGCUCUUGUGGUUCUCAAGGAGCAGACUGACAUUAGAAGCCUUCUUUCACAUAACCAGAGAAUCCGCCGUCUGUCCAUGAAAUUAACCAAUUCAGUACUGGAGUGGGAUAUCCUAGAAAAGCUGGAAUCACUAAGGACACUGGUUAUAGCCUGCAACUUCAAGCCCGGCAGUGGUUCUGGUCCUUCACUUGCUUCUUCUUUUGCUAGCUUACGGGCACUGGAUAUCAGCUUUGCAGACUGCGACUGGUUGGUCGACCAUUUGUCUCAGCUGAGGCACCUACGGUAUUUGUCCUUCACUGACACGGAUGUAUCUAGGCUGCCCCAUGACAUCCACAAGAUGAAGUUCCUUGAGCACAUUGCACUGUUCAACUGCAGGAAGCUGGACAAGCUUCCUGACGGCAUCGUAAAGCUGGGGCGUCUAAGGUAUCUCUCCAUAGAUGGGUCCAGUGUUGAUGUUGUGCCGAAGGGGUUUGGCGCGCUGACGAAUCUGAGGUCAGUCUAUGGGUUUCCGGCACAGAUGGUUGGGGACUGGUGUACUUUAGAAGAACUGGAGCAUCUUUCUCAUCUUAGGACUCUUAGAAUACAUGGUCUGGAAAAUGUGCCUGGUGGUUCGGUUGUGGCAAGGGCCAUGAUCAGCAGCAAGAAGCAUCUCAGCUUUCUGGACUUGAUCUGCCACAAGAAUGAGGAGGAAGAUGGAGUGGGAGGAGAACAGAUUCCUGAAAAGGACCAGGAGCGAAUUGAGGCGGUGUUCGAUGAGCUCUGCCCACCGCCGUAUCUGGAGGAUCUGUUCAUGACAGGAUACUUCGGCUGUCGGGUGCCAUAUUGGAUGCGGGCGCCAACUGCAACGGCCUUCAAGAGCUUGACUGGCAUCACGCUAACGCGUCUGCGCUGUUGCACCCAGCUACCCAAUGGAUUGUGCGGUAUGCUCAGCCUGGAAGGUCUAGCGAUCGAGUGGGCUCCAGCCAUCAAGCUUGUCGGGCCCGACUUCCAAGCCCUUCCAAGUGGAGAUGGCGGCAGCAGCGGCGCCAUUGUUACAAGGCCAUUCCCUAAGCUGACGAACCUGGAGCUGCACAACAUGACGGGAUGGGAGGAGUGGGACUGGGCGGAGGAGGAGCAGGGCGGGGCCAUCUCCAUGCCUGCACUGGAGCAUCUCAGCAUCAUCCAUUGCAUGCUCAGCCGUCUCCCCCCGGGACUUGCUAGCAGCCGCAGGUAUAACCUGAGAACGCUCGACCUCCGCAAGCUCAGCGUCCUAGCGUCACUGGAGAAUUUCCCUUCAGUCAUGGAGCUCGACGUGCUCUACUGCCCCAAGCUCAAGAAGAUCAGCGGCUUUGCGAUGCUCCGAAGGAUGGCCGUCACUGAUUGCCCGGAGCUGGAGACGCUGGAAGGUGUCCCGGUGCUCAAGAGCUUGCUGCUGAAUGAUGAGCCAUGGGAGAUCAUUGGGACGUCUGCGUAUCAUCAAGCUGGACAGCCGCGUCACCUCCCACAAAACCUCGCUAUUAUCAGUAGCUCUGAUCUCAGAGAUGACUGACGUCUGAUGUCUGAUGACAGAAACAGAAGGCGCUAUCGGCCGUCUGCCCCCCAUGCUUAAGAAAAUAUAACAAGAGGGACUCUAAUGUAAGAAUAUAGCGAGUGACUGCAAUAUAUUUCUCUUCCACUGAA